UACUUAGGGUCAUUGUUAUUUUAAAACGGAGCUUGUAUAAUUUAUCGCUGUUCAGCUAAUGUUGGAUAGCUAACUAGAUAGCUGAGUUAGCAAACGUUAGCUAGCAGGCGACCUCAUAGUAGGAGCUAAUGCUGAAUGUCCUUGUUGAAAUAUAAAGAUAAUGAGGAGGAGCGCUGAGACGUAUGGGAUAGUAGUGUCAGCUGUGACUGCGAUGGGUUGCGCCUAAACCCGCACACAACAGCAGCAUGUGCCUUUUACAAACGGAACAUGAGGAUACCGAAGAUAGCCAGCGCGUUUCUCUUCGUGGGUUGUGUGGUGGCCUACUUGACCUACGUGAAAUGGCACAUUGACGGCAUGAGACCGGCGCUCUCCAGACCGCCGUACUAUCACUCCAGAAUAGGCUCAGAUGGUGACCACAGACUGACCUCUCCAGACCUCACUAGUAAGCGCUUCCAGUAUGGGAUUAUGUUCGAUGCCGGCAGCACAGGAACAAGAGUCCACAUCUUCAAGUUCGUGCUUGAAGAAAAUGUGGCUCCCAAAUUGUCUCAUGAAACGUUCAAAGCAAUAAAACCGGGUCUGUCUGCGUAUGCUGAUGAUCCAGAUAAGUGUAGGGAAGGAAUCCAGGAGCUUCUGGAUGUGGCCAAAGGCAGCGUGCCAGAGUCGAUGUGGAACACCACCCCCCUGGUGCUCAAAGCCACCGCAGGGCUUCGUCUCCUGCCUGGGGAGAAGGCCACUCACCUGCUGGACAAGGUACGGGAAGUCUUUCGGGAGUCCCCCUUCCUGUCCAGAGGGGACAGUGUGUCUAUAAUGGACGGUACUGAUGAAGGUAUUUCUGCAUGGAUCACUGUCAACUUUUUAAUAGGCAGCCUCCACGGCAAGGACAAACGCACCGUUGGCAUGCUGGAUUUGGGAGGGGGCUCCACGCAGAUCACGUUCUCCCCACAAGACGAGAAAACCAUCCAGACCUCACCCGUGGAUUACAUCACAUCGUUUCAGAUGUUCAAUAGUACCCACACACUCUACUCUCACAGCUACCUGGGUCUGGGCCUCAUGUCUGCAAGGCUCGCCAUCCUGGGAGGAACAGAAGGACAGCCUCUAGAGGGCAGUCAGGAGCUGGUGAGCCCCUGCCUGGCUCCUGACUUCACAGACCAAUGGGAGCAUGCUGAAGUGGUGUAUACUGUGAAAGGACAGAAGGCAGGGGAACCCAUUUAUGAGUCCUGCUACAAGAAGGUGGAGAAGGUGCUCUACAGGAAGGUGAAAAAAGCAGAGGAGGCCAAAGACAUGAACUUCUAUGCCUUCUCCUACUAUUACGACAGAGCGGUGGACAUUGGUGUGAUCGAUGAGAAAACUGGAGGGGUUAUUAAUGUAGGUGAUUAUAUCGAAGCUGCCAAGAGAGUGUGCAACAGUAUGGUAGACUCUCCAGGAAAGCAUCCUUUCCUUUGCCUGGAUCUCACAUACAUAUCUGCAUUACUGCAAGAACUGGGCUUUCCAAAGGAGAAAGUCUUUAAGCUGGCGAGGAAGAUCGAUGAUGUAGAGACCAGCUGGGCACUAGGAGCUACUUUCCAUUACAUCGAGUCACUCUCCCGACCCUGAGCCAAUGAAGACAAGACAGCUGCCCUGUCCGCCCAGUGAAUCUUUACAUACGAGUGCGGUUUGGGCAACCAAUGAUUGUAUUCCUUUUGAUAUUUACUUAGAAUGUAAGAGUUUACUUUGCCAUGUCCUAUGGGUAUACAUGCUUUAAUCAUUACCAGAAUUUGACUGGGCAAAAUUUUAAAUGUGUUUUAUAUGUUGAAGGAAUGUGACAUGUACUAAAUAAUAAAGCACAAGAGGUACUGUGCAGUUUGAAGCAGCAUG